AUGCUCUCACGUGUUGCUGCUGUCAAGGCACCCCGCACACACAACCGUCGCCGCGUGACCGGAUCCAGCGGAAGGAGGAGGGAAGGAAGAGAGUGUGAGCCGCCGAGGCCCAACAUGUCCCGGCAUCACUUCUAUUCUGCGGUGCUGCUCCUCCUCGUCGUGAUGAUGUGCCGCGGCAGUGGAGCUGCGCACGCUUUGGAGAGAAACUCAGGGGAUUUGCAAAUGCCGCAGGAGAUCGCCAUGUUUGUGCCGAAGAAGACGCAGGUGGUGUCAAGAAGUGGUGGUGAAUGCAAAGUGAAGGAUAUCUUUGCUUCACCCGCUCUCGUCCGUGCUAGUGGAGUAAUGAUUGCAUUUGUUGAAGGCCGCACCAAACAUACAGAUUUUCCAGAAGCGAUUGAUCUCAGUUCUUCUGAUAUUGUUGCCGGUUACAUCAAGGCUCCAGAGACGUGGCAGUCUCUUGUUGCUGAGGUAACUAAAGAUGACUGGAAGGCACACACUGUCCUUGAGAGUGCGAAUAAUAGUAAGUAUCGUGUGGGUGUUGCGAAGCUACCCACCGGAAUUACAAGGGGCAAUAAAGUGUUUCUGCUAGUGGGGAGCUAUGAAGAGAGGCGUCAAAAUGAUGAUGAUACUUGGAAGACCGAGGCAUGGAACAUUAAAGUGAUUGAGGGUGAGGCCACGCAGUCCACGGAAGUUCAGCCGAGUCAACCGAUCAACUGGAGUGAACCCAAACCGCUGUUCCAAACUGAUUCUCCUAAUAAUAAAGGUGACCUAAAGGAAUUUUUGGGUGGUGGUGGCUCAGGAAUUGUGAUGGGGAAUGGCACACUUGUGUUUCCCCUGACGGCAAAGGAUGAAAGUAAUAAAGUUGUCUCCCUAAUCACUUAUUCGACGGACGACGGCCAAAAGUGGGAGAUACCAGAGGGCGUUUCUUCUGUGGCAUGCCGUUCCCCCCGCAUCACCGAAUGGGAGGAGGGAACACUUCUCAUGGUUACUUAUUGCGAGGAUGGCCGCAAGGUGUUUGAGUCGCGUGACAUGGGGAAAACGUGGACGGAGGCUUUUGGGACACUCUUGGGCGUGUGGCUCAAAUCAGGUCCAGAACUUCCGGAAGUAAGUUUGCGUGUGGGAGCCCUCAUCACUGCGACCAUUGAGGGAAGGAAGGUCAUGCUGUACACUCAGAAAGUGAGGCAUUCUCUGGAAGUGGAUGAACCCAACGCACUCCACCUUUGGGUCACGGACAACAGCCGCACUUUUCAUAUUGGACCGUUUUCUGUGGACAGUGCUGAGAAUAUGACGUUUGCCAACACCUUGUUGUACUCGGAUGAUGGGCUUUAUCUUUCACAAGCGAAGGGCGAUCAUGAAAGCACAGCCGUUUCACUUGCCCACCUGACGGAGGAGCUGAAGACGAUCAAGUCCACCCUCAGUACUUGGGUACAGUUGGACGCCUCCUUCUCCAAUUCGUCCACACCCACGGCUGGUCUGGUUGGAUUCCUGUCCAAUACGACGUCCAGUGGAGACACGUGGAUCGACGGGUACCGUUGCAUGAAUGCAAGCGUGACGAAAGCAGCGAGGGUCAAAAAUGGGUUCAAAUUCACGGGGCCUGGGUCCAGGGCAACAUGGCCCGUAAACAGUCGGUGGGAUAUAAAACAGUACGGCU